CGUCUGCUGGAGCAGCUUGUCGUCCAGCCACCACCACCUGCUUCUCCAGCACGCUCUCCGUCUCGUCUGUCUCUUCCCUCCGCUACACCAGCUGCACACCUCGCCUCGGCACGUGCACUUCGGCGCGCGCCACUCUCCACUCGCCCGCCUCUCUCUCCUCGCCUGCCUCGCCGCCAUGACGCGCGGCCGGCGUCCCAACCUCUCGCUCGAGCCGUCGCGCCAGCUGCUGACGCAGCGUGCCUUCCGCGAGCGCAAGGCCGCGCAUCUGCGCUCGCUCGAGGAGGCCGUGGAGCGCCUCGAGGCCGAGAAUGCGGCCCUGCGCGCGGCGGGACGCGCACCGCAGAGGCGCGACGCAGAGGGCAAGAAGGAGGAGGGCGAGAGCAGCGAGGGCAGCAGCAGCUCGGCCAGUGGCAGCGCAAAAGGCGGACAGCGCGGCAAGAGCAGCAGUGACACGACGGCGCCGAGCUCGACGGAGGCGCCCGAGGAGUGGGAGAAGCGCCAGGCAGGCGCGGCGGGCGCAGCACCACCGCAGCAGCAGCGAGACAGGGAGAGGCCGUUCUGCGAGGGCUGCUGGGCGGCCAAGAGGAACCACGAGGAGAUUCACACUGCCAUGUCGACCGUCGACUUCCACCUCGCCACGCUCGCCUCGGCCAUGACGCAGCUGCGCGGCGCGCUGGGCCGCGGCGAUGCCAUUCGCGCACACGCCGACGAGGCGAUGGGCGCGGCUGCUGCUGCUGCUGCGCCACACUUUUCGCCGAUGCCUGCGCUGCGGCCCCCUCUGGCGCCCUCGACGAGCGGAGGAAGCGGCGCAGGCGGCGCAGGCACAGGAGUCGCACAGCAUGAACUGGCAGAGACGCUGAAGCGCUGGGGCCCGGCGCCGCUGUUGCCGUCGCCUCGAGGCGUGCAGCAGAACGGCGGCGGCGGCCUCAGCUCGGCUGCAGGCUACGCCAGUCCUGGACCUUGCUCGACGGCCGCAGCCCAAGCGCGCUCGCCCUAUCCUCCUCCUGCCGGCGCCGCCAGUCCGCCAAGCCACGCCGGGCCCUCUCGCACCACCAGCAGCUCGCGCGACGCCUCGCACCCCUACGCGCGUCCUGCGCACACACCCGUCGGCCGCGCCAGCAUGCUGCUCGCCUCGACGCGCGAGGCUGCGUCGCCCAGCUACAGCCACAGCGGCGCACAUCACGACGUGCCUUCGCCCGGCGGCACAUCCGACGGCGCAUCGCAUGCAUCGCCGCCUCUCGAGCUGCCACCGCCGCCACAUACGGCUGGCUUCGCGCAUCACAUGCCGACGCUGCCGUCCAUGCGGCCUGCCUCUCCGCCGCCGCCUGCGCAACAACAGCAGCAUGAGGGCGUGCAGCUGCAGGACUCGGAGUGCUGCUACGGCCUCUUCAAGUGCGACAAGGACGGCGCCAUCAUUGCGUGA